UUCUGAACUUCUUUCCCGCACUGAGCGAGCUUUCACUCCUACGUCACUACGUCACCGCCGCCAUGCCCAAGGAGAAAUCAGCGAACCCGGUAGCAGCGCAGCGCAAGGCAGACAAGCGCAAGGAGAUCGCCAAGUCGAAGAAAAGCCAGCUUGAGCAGCGCAAUGAAAAGCUCGCCCGACGGAACCCUUCGCGAGUGCAAAAGCAGAUCGAUGAGCUCAAGGAGCUGGAGAGCAGAGGCCCACUGCGGCCGAAGGACAAGGAGACCCUCGUGCAACUCGAGCGCGAUCUCCGCGCUAUCACACGUGCGCGCGAUGCUCUAGGUGAUGCUGCACCUCAAUUUGCGAGCGGGGAGCGGCGAGGCGGCGGAGAGCGCGGUGAUGCGCGGCAGCAGCAACGCGAGCGUCGACAGGGUCUAGGAAAGCGACGCAGGGGCGCGGACGAGGCUCACAGUAGCGAUGGCGACGAAACGGAUCCCGAAGUGCGCGCCAUCCCCAUGCCACGCGAUACUCCGCCACCCAUUCCUCGACAGCCCUUCAAGGACCCGCAGCUCGGCCCCGAUGGACAGCGCGUGCCUCAUGCCUUGCCCAGCAAGCCCGCCGUAUCACCGCCAGCUGCACCACAACUUGUGUACAGCAGUGCGCCGCAGCUACGAGAUCUGAAGAAGGAGGCUACCAAGUUCGUCCCCGCAGCAGUGCGCCAGAAGCAGAAGCAGGCCAAGGGUCAAGGUCGCCUACUCGAGCCGGAAGAGAUUGAUGAGCUCGAGCGAGCGGGCUACUAUGCUGCUCAGAAAGCUGCUGAAGAAGCUGGACGGGAGGCGGACGCUGAACAGACAACUGCAGCAGUGAACGCCCUAGCAGGCGACGAUGUAGACCUGGAGCAGCAAUUGAAGCAAUUUGAGGAAGAGAUGAAGGACAUAUACCCAGCAGCGGAAGAGCAGAUCCCUCGCUCCAAACAGGUGCAACUCGAGGAGGUUGACGAUGAUGGGGAUUGAGUGCGUGACAGAGUGCGAGUCGUGGCUUGCUUAUACUGUUCUGGUCAUCAGCCCUCCCUAGAACACCACUCCCUCAGCUUCCAGCAUCCUCGCACAACCUGGCAUGGAAGUAUGACAUCGUGCUCUUCGGCUACUUCACAGCCACGGAGCCAAGUUGAGUUCAAUGGUCUUGCGAUUGCAAGGAGUGUUCUGGUCUGCGCAACCGGCCGACUGAUUACCGCGUUGGGGAUGCAUGCACAUUCGUGCUCCCCUAUACAAGGCCUAGCAGCUCAUUGAACGCGAUGCGUCCACGCAUCUAGUGCGGUAAGAAGGUGAAGGUUCUCAAUGGCCGCGCAAGGCCGAUGUGCAACGCCGUGAAGUCGGAGUCCCGUUGACAAGAGACCAGGAUCGGUCCUCUCAUAGAGCUAGAGAUGGAAGGACACUUGCAGGAACACUGGUGUUCCGAAUCCUUCGUUUCCUUUGUGUCUCUCCUGUGCCA